AUGAUGGGAAUUCUUCUUCUUGGUGUACCCUUUCUGUUCCUCUUUAUUUGCUGUGGAGUGCUCAAAUUGAAUGAAUUAAGGUACAGGAAAAAGGGAUUGCCUCCAGGAACAAUGGGAUGGCCAUUCUUUGGUGAGACUACAGAGUUUCUGAAGCAAGGGCCCAGCUUCAUGAAGAACCAGAGCGCAAAGCAUGGAAGUUUGUUCAAAUCACACAUACUGGGAAGCCCAACAGUUGUCUGCAUGGAACCAGAGCUGAAUAGGUACAUGCUUAUGAGUGAAGGCAAGGGGCUUGUUCCCGGAUAUCCUCAGUCUAUGUUAAAAAUAAUGGGGAAAUGGAACAUUGGUGCAGUUGAAGGAUCUCUUCAUAAGACUAUGAGAAGUUCUAUGCUUGGAUUAAUCAGGCCUACUAUGAUCAGAGAUAAGCUCUUAUCAAAGAUUGAUGAGUUCAUCAAUGCCUUUCUUUGCCAUUGGAAUGGCCAAGUCAUUGAUAUUCAAGAGAAAACCAAAGAGAUGUGGCUGCUCUCAGCUCUGAAACUGAUAGCUGGAAUUGAAACAGGUCCACUUUCGGAAUCUAUGAAGAAAGAAUUAUAUGGGGUUCUAACAGGAACCAUCUCUUUGCCAAUCUACUUUCCUGGUACUAACUAUUACCGAGGUUUUAAGGCAAGAGAGAAGGUCAUCUCCAUGCUUGAAAAUAUUAUCAAAGAGAGAAGAAGAGAUCCACUUUGUUGUCAAGCUGAUAUGCUUGAUUCUCUCCUUGAAACUGAUUCUGAGAAUGAAGCAAAAUUAUCUGAUGAACAGAUUAUUGAUACUAUUCUAACUUUAGUUUAUUCAGGAUUUGAGACUGUUUCUACUACUACAAUGAUGGCCAUCAAAUAUCUUCAUGACCAUCCACAAGCUCUUGAAGAAUUCAGGAAUGAACAUUUUGAAAUAAAGAAGAAGAAAUCAUCUGACUAUAAGAUUGAUUGGAAUGACUAUAAAUCCAUGGAGUUUACACGCGCAGUUAUAUGUGAAACUCUAAGAUUAGCCACAGUUGUUAAUGGAGUGCUAAGGAAGACAACAAAAGAUACGGAAUUAAAAGGUUAUAUCAUUCCAAAAGGAUGGAAGAUUUAUGUCUAUUCAAGGGAAAUGAACUAUGAUCCAUUAGUGUAUGAUGAACCUUUUUCAUUCAAUCCAUGGAGAUGGAUGAACCAGAACUUGGAGUCUCACCAUUACUUCCUCUCAUUUGGAGGAGGAGGAAGGCUAUGCCCAGGGAAAGAGCUUGGGAUUGUACAAGUUUCCUUAUUUCUUCACUACUUUGUGACUAGAUAUAGAUGGGAGGAAAUUGGAGGAGAGAAACUGCUGAAAUUUCCAAGAGUUGAAGCACCAAAAGGGUUUCAUAUUCGGAUUUGGGACUAUUGAUUAUAGAUUAUUUUUUU